AUGGCAACCCCCCAACUCAGCAUCGCAACCAGAAAUUGGGAGCAACCGCUGGAGCGUGGGCACUGCCAGCCCAUGCCCCCCAUGGAGAAGGCAGCUGGGGAAUCCCCAUUCCUGGCCAACCGGAAGGAACUGGCAUGGGACAGCAUGGCCAUCCCAGGGUCCAGUGGCUCAGAAGCGCUCAGGGCUGAACGCUCCCCAGAAAGUGCCUUCAAAGUCUGGAGAAGAUCCAGGAAAACAGGCCGUGAGAAGCGCAGCCGCGACUGCCAGAUGCAAAGCCUGUUAGUGAAGGUGGGGGAUUUGGGGCUCGGCUUUGAGUCGCAUGAGACGGUUAACUACAAGUACUGUGUCGGGACCUGCCAUGCUGAGCGCAGGAACUAUGACCUCGCCUUCAAUAGCCUGCGUGCGCAAGGUGCCAUUUCAUCUGGGUCUGAAGACCGCCAGUUCUCCCGUCCAUGCUGCCGGCCCACCUUCUACGUGGACAUCUCCUUCCUGGAUGUCAGCAACGACUGGAAUAUAGUGGAAGGAGUCUCGGCGGGGGAGUGCGGCUGUGUGGGUUAG